GCCCUCUCCCGGGGGAGAGCAGAGGAGCCUUAAUAAAUCUCUAAGCCGAGGAGGAAACUCUGGCUGGGGCAGCGCGCCGAGCUCCGGCUGCUCCUGGGGUGCGGCGACCGAGCGGCGGCGCCGGCGGCGGCAGGAGCAACACAGCGGGCAAAAUACAAAGAGGCCACGACAGAAGGGAGCCCUCGGCCCACUCGCGUAAACACAGCCCCCUUCACCGUCGCCUCCCCCUCGCACCGCGCGGUGCUGCCGGGUGCCCGAGGCCUCUCGGACUGUUCUGUGCCUGCGAGACUGCGGAAGGAAGGCUACUGGGGACCAGACGGUCUCCAGUGCGAGUCCCUGAGGGCCAAGUUUCUGGCCACUUUUGCACGCGCCCUCCUUCAGCCCUCGCCCGCCCCUUCCAGCCGCCCAGCUGUUGUUCGCCGCCUCGUGUGCCAGCGGCCCCGGUUCCCAGCCACCAUGGUGACGGUGGAGGAGCUGCGGGAGAUGGACUGCAGCGUGCUCAAAAGGCUGAUGAACCGGGACGAGAACGGCGGCGGCGCCCUGGGGCUGCUGAGCGGCGGCAAGUGCCUGCUGCUGGACUGCAGACCGUUCCUGGCGCAUAGCGCGGGCUACAUCCGAGGCUCGGUCAACGUGCGCUGCAACACCAUCGUGCGUCGGCGGGCCAAAGGCUCCGUGAGCCUGGAGCAGAUCCUGCCCGCCGAGGAGGAGGUGCGCUCCCGCCUGCGAUCCGGCCUCUAUUCGGCCGUCAUCGUCUACGACGAGCGCAGCCCGCGCGCCGAGAGCCUCCGCGAGGACAGCACGGUGUCUCUGGUCGUGCAGGCGCUGCGCCGGAACGCCGAGCGCACCGACAUCUGCCUGCUCAAAGGUGGCUAUGAGAGGUUUUCCUCCGAGUAUCCAGAAUUCUGUUCCAAAACCAAGGCCCUGGCAGCCAUGCCGCCCGCAGGGCCCCCCAGCACGGCCGAGUCCUUGGACCUGGGCUGCAGCUCCUGUGGAACCCCACUGCACGACCAGGGGGGUCCGGUGGAGAUCCUCCCCUUCCUCUACCUCGGCAGUGCCUAUCAUGCUGCCCGGAGGGACAUGCUGGACGCCCUGGGGAUCACGGCCCUGCUGAACGUCUCCUCUGACUGCCCGAACCACUUCGAAGGACACUAUCAGUACAAGUGCAUCCCCGUGGAGGACAACCACAAGGCCGACAUCAGCUCCUGGUUCAUGGAAGCCAUCGAGUACAUUGACGCCGUGAAGGAGUGCCGCGGCCGCGUGCUGGUGCACUGCCAGGCGGGCAUCUCGCGCUCGGCCACCAUCUGCCUGGCCUACCUGAUGAUGAAGAAGCGCGUGAGGCUGGAGGAGGCCUUCGAGUUUGUCAAGCAGCGGCGCAGUGUCAUCUCGCCCAACUUCAGCUUCAUGGGGCAGCUGCUGCAGUUCGAGUCGCAGGUGCUGGCCACGUCCUGCGCCGCCGAGGCCGCCAGCCCGUCGGGGCCCCUGCGCGAGCGCGGCCAGGCCACCCCGACGCCCACCUCGCAGUUCGUCUUCAGCUUCCCGGUGUCGGUGGGCGUGCACGCGGCCCCCAGCAGCCUGCCCUACCUGCACAGCCCCAUCACCACCUCCCCCAGCUGCUAGGGCCGCGCGCGCGGGGAGCCCCCGAACCAGGGGCCUUCAGCGACAGCCCGCCCCAGGCCCCUGCCGUCACUUGUCCCCGGCCGGCCGCCGGGCCGCCAGAUGGCAAUAAGGACUCUGCAGACCUUUCACAGCCGGCAGAGCAGCCCUCCGACUUCCAGCAAUAACGCCGCCCCCGGGCCGGGAAGACCUGGGCGUGGUGUGUGAGUCCCUGUGACGUGGCGGAUGGGAAUCUCUUACCUCAUUUUUCUAAGCAGUAAGGCUUGAAGUUCGGAAACCCACAGGUCCUGGCCAAUGUGCCCACGCAGUUUUACGAAAGGGCAGGGGAGGGGGGAGGCGGGACAAGACAACGACGAGUUGCCCGAAGUGCCUGGUUCUGUGUGCUUGGCCCUUUUUGUGGUUGAGGUUACAGGGACUUUCCUCUAAAGGAGUCUUCGAGGACCCGGUUUUCCCUUCUAAGUCACAAACAGGUGAAAAUUCUGCUUCAUAAUAAAUAAAAGUAUUUAUUAAGAGCUUCCGCGAGAAUCUAAGUACAGGGGGUCUAGCGCAGUGACUGAAGGAUAUGCUUUUGUGACGGCAUAGCGGCGGCUGACGUCACAGUGGGCACAAGAGGCGGCUGACGUCAUAGCGGCCAGGAGGUCCGUGGCCCCCGCGACGGGGCCAGGCUUGCAUCUGGUCCGCCCGGACUGGCGCUGAGGCAGGCAGGGUGCGGUGGAGGAGGAAGAAAGGGACUGCUUUUUAACAACUUUCCAAGCUGGUUCCUGGGCACGUGGACCCCGAAUGACUUCAAACCACAACAGCACAGCCUUUUCUCUCUGAUGCUCAAUAAUUCAGUUCGGCAGGUGGGAGCAUUUUUCUCAGCCACCUGCCUGAGGACUUGCAGACCAUCUGUGACAAAUGCCAUAUCCUAUCAGGUGCUCUAGACACGCUGGGUGCAGUUCAGCUUGUCCCGGGCCCUCGGGGAGGCCAGCCAGCUAGAGGCACACGGAAACGAAUCCUUUUGGACAUGGAAAUACCACCUUUUCUCCUUUGCAUACGUACGCUGGAGAUUUUCAUGUUCGGGGGUUACUUGGCAUGAAGUGCAACCCACAAGUUUAAAUUCCUGGUUUAGGGGAAUGUCUUCAAUGGGGCGCUUUUGAAUAAAAAGGGGAGUGGACCCCGCAUUUCAGGUCUCCCUGAAGUCCAGGAUGGCAAAAGCGUGAGAAGGGAGCUGGGGUAGAGACUUUGCUUAGGAGGUGGCUGUGGGCUCCGAUGAAGGGCACCAUGGGCAUUUGGGUGCCGUUUCAGGGUCCUGCCUUGAGAUACUGCCACGGGAAGGGGCCUCCCAAACAGGGGAAGGACUUCUGGAGGGAGAAGGGGCUUUCUGUGGGUUGGGCUUGCGGGGAGGGAGAGGGAAAGCAGCUACGUGUUACUUUGUAGUUGUGUGGAACAGUGUUGUUUCGGAGUGCUGGAUUAGAGGUAAUUGCAAACUUGUCUAGAAAUGAGAGCAUUUUUUUUUAGUCCCUGGAGAGUCUAGAUCUAAAUGGACAUUCUUGCUCGCCUGUAGAUAACGUCCAGCCUGUGUCUGGGCGGUGUUGGGAUGCACUUCUCAGCCUGGCGGUCCAGACAGGGCCUGGUUCCUACAUUUCCUUCGCGAACGUGAACCCGUGUUGGCAUUAUUCAUCCUGCCUCUGUCAGGCCCUGUCCUUGGGUGGUGAUGGCCGAGAUUCCCUCCUUCCCCGGGAGCUGCCCAGCUGAAUAGUCAGGGGCGAGGGGUGGUGGGGCUGGGGUUCCUGGACAGUGGAACUGUUCAGACACAGCACAAUUGGACGUUCCCCCCUUUUCCUUGAUUCCUGGAAGUCCCUUCGUGUUUUGUGGUAAAUGAGGUCAGGUGGGUUCUGCAGCUGAAAAAGCUAUGGAUUCCAACAGUGGGUAGGCCUGGAGGAGGGCUGCUCGAGGGGGGAGGGAAAGUAUACAUUUGCCAAAACCUAUGUAUCCUGCUUCCCCAGACGAUCCCAGCCCCAUGGAUGUCAGAGCUCGGGUCCAGCCCAUUCAGGCCUUCCCCCGCCUUGCAAUGCGAGUCUUCUAGCGCAGUGUCAACUGCUAUUUAUAAAGCCAUCUUCUGGGUACUGGUAACAGCGUGAGUCCCCAGACUCUCAGAAAUAAAGUAGAGAAUUGGCUUGAUUGGAAAAGGGGGUUUGGGGUUAUUCUCUCAUCAUCAGAAGCCACUCGGAUGACUUGGAGUAGCUCCAUGAAGAUAUCACCACAGGGUCAGUCCAAAUGGCCAGUGGCUUUCAGUCGCCAUCCCUCCCAUGAAGUGGCUCCUGGUGAUGAGGCAUUUCUGUGAUGGCCGCUUCCACUGAUGACCAGCUGUGCUGUGGGCUACUAAAGUCAGUGGACCCUGUCUUCUGUAGAGACCAAGGUGUGCUGCCAGUUGCCUUUCAGAACCGGUGCGGCGUAAGGGUGUUUUUUAUGGGAUGUCAGUUAUACAACCAAUAAGAUGUUCACUACCAAAAAUUCAAACAACACAAAUACAUGAGUAAGGGAGCAGCAAGGGAAAUGGACCUGGCUUCCCCACGGAGCAGCAUCCUGCUGAAGUCACCGUGAGCAGGUGGCCUGGAGCGCCCAGCUCAGUCCUCUCCUGAGGCCCUUGUCCUCAGGUGCUCAUUCCAGGUGGAUUCCAGAUGGAUUUCAACAAGGUCGGGAAGCCACGAGGCCAUUUUUAAAAUCCUUGGAAGGUGGACAGAGGGAGGUGGGAUGGUUGAUUCAAAUGUGAGGGGGAGGGGCUGUUGGCCACCAAGCCCACCUUAAAGCAGUGGUGACCUUGCCCACUCCCGUCAGUUGGGGAGCUUAGAAAACCCUGCUGCCAGGCUAUCCCAGACCAAUUCAGCCAGGAUUUCUGGAAGAGGGCCCCAGGCAUCAGCAUGUUUCAAAGCCCUCCACGCCACCACCAGGGGCUUGUCACUGGUUCAGCCUGGUCUCACUUGCAGUCCCAGCCUGGCUGAGGAUCAAGGCGGUUUCUCUCAGGAGCUCAAGGAGCAUGUGACCUGAAGGGGCCACCAUUUCAUGCUUGAAAGCUGAUCUGGGGAGUAUUGUUAGGGAACUGAAUAGUGUCUGCAUGUUGAUGUUUUUCCUGGGAAGUCUCCUUGUCUGUCAAGAUGGAGAGUUUCACCUCUUUGAAGAUGCCCCUCCCGCCUCCCAGGAGCACAGGGGCGGCCAGCGUUCCUCAGAGUUUGAGUCAUCCCAGGGCGAGGCUUCUUCACCACCGAGCAAUGCAAUACUUGUAACUUGUGUAAAUAGCCCCACCUUCCGGAGCGAUGUCAUUUCUACAUUUGAUAUGCUUGUAUCUCUGUGGGAUGCAUAUAGUGUAGGGGAUUUUUUUUGUUUUGUUUGAUUUCGUUUUUUUAGAAAAGUCAACAUGUCUGUUUUUAUUUAUUGCUUGAAAAAGAUCAUUUGACAAAAAAAUAAAUGCAUUUUCAACCA